UAUUUCCAGUUCAACUUCAGGUGAAUUCGAAUUCGAGUAAGGUUAGUAGUCUGAAACAAGAUGAAAAAAUUAUUUCGCGCAUUUUCUAUUUUCAUCAUGCCCUGAUAAAUUAGCAUUUUUUUCAAUAACACGAAAGCAACAAUUCUAUUGGUUCAACAUAACUAAGAAAUCGACCAAUGAAAUGUAUUCUUUCGUUUUAUUUCCAUACCGAAGCUCUCGUCCAAUGAAAAUCGUUUAUUCUGGCUGAAAAAUUGUAUAUAAAUAACGUUCUCGAACAUAUCGGAAUCAUUGUGUAAUUUAGUUUCUACUUGAAGUCGUGUUAAAAAAAAUCAUCAGUUCAAAAUGACUGGUCGCGGUAAAGGAGGUAAAGGACUCGGAAAAGGAGGCGCUAAACGUCAUCGUAAAGUCUUACGUGAUAACAUCCAAGGUAUCACGAAACCAGCUAUCCGUCGUUUAGCCAGACGUGGUGGUGUGAAACGUAUUUCUGGAUUAAUUUACGAAGAAACCCGUGGUGUCUUGAAAGUCUUUUUGGAAAACGUUAUCCGUGAUGCUGUUACCUACACCGAACACGCCAAGAGGAAAACCGUCACAGCUAUGGAUGUUGUGUAUGCUUUGAAACGUCAAGGAAGAACUUUGUACGGUUUCGGCGGUUAAAUUUGGAUAAUCAUCUUGUUACUAAAACGGCCCUUUUCAGGGCCACCAAUUUCAAUUUCUUCUCAAUGUGUUGAAAGUGUUGUUGAAUGUGUAUCAGUCUGAUAUCUGAUAUGAAAACGAACAUUAUAAAUGAUUAUAUGGG